ACUCGACUGCGGGUCUGCAGAUGGAAGGCGGACAGUGUAACUCUAGGUUCCUUUUUUUCCUCCCCAGCAUGCAUGGCUUUUGUUUCUAGGAGAGGGGGACAGAGCUGAUGCAGAGAAAAGCACUUACCUUUACACACUGUACUUGGGAGCCCUUUGUAAGCGCCGGAGUGCACAGUGUGGCACUCAGUCUGCGCUCUGCAGCUGCAUAGACUAUGUUCAGUCACCACACGGCUGAACUGAUUUUAUAACACAGACGGGAAGAGACUGAGAGAGACAGAUACAUCAGGGUACUCAGUGGAGAGUGGGCUAUACUGUCCGUGCUGUUCUAACACCUACAGAACCUGGAAAUUAAACUUUUUUUUCUACACGUUUAGCCUUUUUAAGGCUCCACUGGACUGAACUGUUACCGAGUUUACUGCACAUCUCAGGAGUGAAUUAUUUCUUGCGUUUCUUUUUUCUACUCAGCUCAAACUGUGAAGAGGGGGAGAAAAGAGCUGAGUUUGCUUUAAAGUGAAUCGGAGGACCAAGGAGAGAGGGAGAGAGACAGAGCCAGCACAUCGCUCUCCCUCUGUGUGUGUAUAACUGGGCAGCAUGGUGCAGAAAAUGAGCCACACAGAGAGCACCGCCGAGGCGCUGUCCUUUUUCGCCGGAGAUUCGAGCUCCGACUCCGGGGCGUGCAUGGACCUGGACCCGGCCGCUUCGCCUCUCUCCCCGGGCUCCACUGCUUCCUCCACCGCCGGGGACAAGCUGGGAGAGAACCCGGCGUGGUGUAAAACUCCCAGCGGCCACAUCAAGAGACCCAUGAACGCAUUUAUGGUGUGGUCGCAGAUAGAGAGGAGGAAGAUCAUGGAGCAGUCCCCGGACAUGCACAACGCGGAGAUCUCCAAGAGGCUGGGCAAGCGGUGGAAGCUGCUCAGAGACAGCGACAAGAUCCCCUUCAUCAGGGAGGCGGAGCGGCUCAGGCUCAAGCACAUGGCGGACUAUCCCGACUACAAGUACCGGCCGAGGAAGAAGGUAAAAUCAAGCGCUUCCAAGCCUGGCAGUAACGGAGACAAGGGGGAGAAACUCAACGGUAGCUCUAACAACACCAGCAGUAAGACAUCCUCAUCUUCGAGGAAGAAUGGAUCCAAAUCACUCAGCAGCAGCAAACCCCACAAAUCACUUUUCGGGAGCAGCAGCAGUAGCACCAAAGCAUCACCGUUUGCCUCUGAGCACCCAUCAGAGCACCAUCACAACUCUCUCUACAAGUCGAAAUCUGUCUCCUCUGCAGCCAAGCAGAUACCAGAAGGCAAGAAGCCCAAGCGGGUAUACGUCUUCGGCAGCAGCGGGGCCAACUUGAGCGUCAGCCCCGCGUCCUCCGUUGUGGUCCCGGCCAGCCCGACGCUCAGCAGCUCGGCGGACUCCAGCGACCCGCUCAGCUUGUACGAGGACGCGGCCAGCGGCAGGGAGGAGGGAGCCGACUCCCCCGGCAGCAGCGGCAGCCUGGGCGGGUCUUCGGAGCGCCACGGCGGGCACACAUACAGCAGUCGACGGGCUUCCUCGCCGACUCCCUCCGGCUCUCACUCCUCCGCCUCGUCCCACUCGUCCUCCUCGUCUUCCUCGGAGGAUGAAGAGUUCGAGGACGACUUGCUCGACAUUAACCCGAGCCCCAGCUUUGAUAGCAUGUCGCUGGGGAGCUUUGGCUCCUCGGUGCUGGACAGGGACUUGGAUUUGAACUUUGAGUCCGGCUCCGGGGGCUCCCACUUCGAGUUCCCCGACUACUGCACGCCCGAAGUCAGCGAGAUGAUCUCCGGGGACUGGCUGGAGUCCACCAUCUCCAACCUGGUGUUCACAUACUGAGUGCGUAAAAGGCAAAACAUACACAGGUAAUGUCCUGCGAGCUCAAAUAUGACCACAAACAGAAAGUUCCUGGUGCAGUGGGCGUAAUAGUUUGUGUUAUAACCACACCAGACUGAAACUAGCCCCCGUCCCUUGUCGUUCACAAGAGCUGCAGAUCCUUGGAAAGCUUAACUUUAAAGCGACUAACUUGCUUUUUGUACUUUUCUCUGGAUGCGUCGGACUGGGGGACUCGGUUGAACCACAGCAGUGGAGUGCAAACAGGAGAAGGAGAGAAGAAGAAGAGACUGACUGGGUUUCCUCUCAGUGCUGAACUGUUUUUUGAACAACGUAAAACUGUGAUUGAUUUGCACGUUACGCGGUCCGCCGUUCACUUAAUCAAUGUUGUUGCUGAUUUUUAAAAAAAAGGGACAUUUCACAACUUUUUACCAAUCGCCAAGUGAACUUCACCACUAAAAAGGUACAGAAAUAGGACUGUCGUGCGACAUUUUUAUUGUGGUGUGUCACCGAUAGGGAUUUUUAAUGACACCGAGGUGGGUUGAUGUUUUUUAAAAGUCGAAUAUUUUCUCAAAAAACAAAAAACAUGUUAAGCAUGAUAGCCUACUUUGUUCCUAUCUUGUGCUGAGGUUUUUUUCCUGUGAGACUGUCGAGCAGUUUUAAAAACUAGUAUUAGGGUUAUUUAAAUGGAUAGGUGGCGCUCGCUUUCGGUUCUUCUCUUUAAAAAAAAAAAAAAAAGGACAUUGAAAUAAUCACCAGCUGUUGUAAUUUUUCAAACUUCAGGACUCAAACGCAACUUCAAAUCUGUGCUGAACUUUAUAUACAACGUGUUCUCUACGAUUCAGGACCAAAAUUUCUGUUUUGAUUUUCAGAUGAUAGCUAUAGAGAAAUCCUCACCGAUUCUUUUUCAUCCUCUGAGCUUUGUUUUGUACAUGUAUCCAGAUGCCAUUUUAUAUGGGAUGUUGUAUUUAUAUACUGGGCCAAGCAUUUUUGACUUGAUCAUUUGUUUUUUUGUGUUUUUUUUUUUUUUUUUUAAUUUCUUGUAUACAUGAUCUAGUCCUUGUUUUGUUUUGUUUUGUUUUCUUACACGGUUGUUUGUCAGUAUGUCUGUGUCUGUCACAUUUCCUUCUCAGGCGAAGGGCUAGAGUUUUAAAAACACACGACUUUUUUGAUUUCAUUUUAUAUUUAAAUGUACACACUUUUUGGACACUUAAAAGAGAGGAAACAGUUUGAUUAUUUUCUCAGUGUAUUUUUGUACAAAUCUAUAUAGAAAAAUGGGGGAGUCAACAAUCGGUGUGUGUAGCCUACUAAUACAGCGGUAUUGGAUUUCCUAAUUUUUAAUACCCCGGUAGGCUGGUUUUCAUGCUGCCUUCAAGUGCUCAUGGUAAGCUCGUACUUGGGAUUUUGUAUCGCCUGUUUAAAACACUUUUAUAAGGACAGCCAGCAAACAGACCUUAUAUCACUGUGGUGCCUAUUGUUUUCAUGUAGACAUUAAAGGUACCAAUGUACUUUUAACUUGUGUGACCAGUGCAGAGGAGAUAAGAAGACUCAAGUGUGUAAUUGGGGUUUUAAAUUUAAAAAAAAGUAAGACAAACUCUCUGACUUUUACCAGCACCCACUGACAAGACUUUCUUGAACCCUCCCCCGUACUGUUAGUACAGACAUUAGGCACUUAACCACCCAGUUAUAAGGAUGUAAUUACGAUUUUUCCGACAGCACUUGAAAGCAGCACCAGCCUUUGUAUCUGCCUACCUUCUACGUUUACAGUGCCAGUCUGCAGGCUCCUUAAAGACACAGGAAUGCAUUAUUUCUAGAGGCUAUUCCUGUGGACCAUGUGGGUUUUACAGCAUCACUAUCUUAAGCAGCCACUUGUUUUUGUUUCUUGCAUUUUUCCGUCAGAUAUCUUUGCCUAUGACAACAAAUGAGGAGAUUGUAGCUUUAAAUUUGACGUAUUUCUUGAUGUUUUCAUUAAUUGAUGUCAUAAAUUUUUGCCAAUCAACCACUGGAUUGAACAGGCUUAUCAAUACAGCAAAGCAAACAGCAAAGGAUGACAACAUCAAGCAUAUUCAAAUUUCUGACUUGAGUUCCGCAAAACACCUACUUGUACUGCGUUUCUCAUUGUAUUUGAAUAUAUAAUCUUUUCUACUUGUCAGCUAACUAUUAGCUAAUAAUUGUUUUAGUAUCUUUAUGGCAUGGUGAAUAGCAUUUGUAUUUCAGAUUCAGGUUAUUAGCUGUUGUGUUUUUCAGAAAAAAAUGAAAAAAUGAGGAAAAACGAUGAAACGUGAACUCGAUCUUUGUAUAUUUGACUGUAUCAUAAAGCAAAAAGAUUGUGUGUUUAUGUACGUUGUUGCUAUCGAGGACAGGCACUGUCUAGAACUGCUAUCUUUUACACAUCCUUACUUACAUUUAAGGUGGUCAGUUCAGGACUCUUUUUUUAUAUAUAUAUGAAAGCAUUUUUAAAUAUAUUGACUUUAUUUUUCAUCCAUCCUGUGCAAUAUGCUGUGUAGAAUUAUCAUUUAUUGUCUCUAAUCAUGCCAUAAACAAAGGAACCACCCUUUUUUUGAGACUCAGAGAAAGGGGGGUGGGGAAACUCAUGCCAGCUAAAUUGUGUCCAUUCACUGCCUGUCAGAUUGUUGAUAUAAACUUGUGUACAGAACUUUUUCAAGGAAGGAAAUAAAUAUCAGCUGGAACUGAAACUCUA